GAGACAGAUAGGUAUGGUUGUUGGUUGGGUGAAGGAGUUGAAAUCGACACACAGCUUAUGCCAAUUCUUAUGCCGGUUCUUCAGUACAUGAGCUCGACAACAACUAAAAAGAUUUUGUUUUCGGAGAUGUUUAAACGAAUAUGGCGAAGUUGUGGGCCGCCCGCCUCUCACUGAGCAAAAUGUUUUUACAGCCCUCCCAACACUCCCUCUAAAACUUCGUGAGAACCCACACCUAUAUCUCUUCUAUCCUUGCGCGGAUGGAGAUCUCUCAUUGCCUUCGGCACUUGAAGAUUCAUCCUCGAUUCAACGUUCGCUUGACUUGCAGCUCGGAUAUCUCGGGGUUUUCUUCGCGUUAUGGAUUCUGCUGUUUGAAUCUUCACGGACGAAAUGCCGUUUUUCCGCUUCGUUGGAUUUCUCAAUCUGGCACAGCAAGACGGGGUGGAUUAUGUCUUGUUUCAUUUCGAUCUCAAUGCUUAUCCCCUACAGCAGUGGGUGAUACGGCUGUUGAGACAAGUGUUUAUGCUGGAGAUUUAUCAUCUAAAGUAUCCAGUGCUGAGGAAGCCAUACUUCAGGGGAUAGGCCCUGGAGAGAACGGUAGAAUUGAUUCAGAAUACCCCACUGAUGAUAGAAUGGUCAAAGUAUGUGAUAAGUUAAUUGAGGUGUUUUUGGUUGAUAAACCAACGCCCACUGAUUGGAGAAGAUUAUUAGCUUUUAGCAGGGAAUGGAGAAAUAUCAGACUUCACUUUUUCAAGCACUGUCAGAAAAGAGCUGAUUUGGAGAGCAAUUCAGAAAUGAAACACUUGCUUUUCAGACUUGGUAGGAAAUUGAAGGAGAUUGAUGGCGAUGUGCAAAGGCAUUCUGAACUUAUUAAUGCGAUUAAAGGGGCACCAGAUGACAUUAGCUCUAUUGUUGCAAAGCAGCGAAAAGAUUUCACUAAGGAAUUUUUUGUUCAUCUUCAUACUGUUGUAGAAUCUUAUGUUGACAACCCAACAGAACAAAAUUCUUUGGCAAAGUUGGGAAACGAUUGUCUUGCUGCUGUUCAAGCAUAUGAUAUUGCAUCAGAAAGCAUUCAGGCCGUAGAAACUGCAGAGCUAAAGCUCCAAGAUAUAAUCAAUUCUCCAUCAGUUGCUGCUGCUUGUAAAAAGAUAGAUGAUUUAGCUAACAAUAAACAACUUGACUCUGCCUUGAUGUUGAUGCUCACUAAAGCUUGGUCUGCUGGUAAAGAAUCAAAUAUGAUGAAAAGUGAGGUUAAGGAUAUACUAUAUCAUUUAUACAAGGCGGCUGUGGGAAAUAUGCAGAGACUUGUACCAAAGGAGAUUAGGAUACUUAAGUACCUUUUAAUGAUUGAAUCCUCAGAAGAGCAACUCUUUGCACUAAAAGAUGCAUUUACGCCUGGAGCUGAACUGGAAGGGAAGGAUGUAGACUGCUUGUACACGACACCUGAAAAGUUGCAUACUUGGAUCAGUACUGUUGUGGAUGCAUACCAUUUCAGUAGAGAAGGAACUCUUAUAAGGGAAGCUAGAGAUCUAAUGAACCCAAAGGUCAUUCAGAAACUUGAGAAUCUUAAGAAACUUGUGCAGGACCAUUUCCUGUAGCUUUAUUUGCAAUGCCCUUAACAAAAGAAAUCUUACAGUAGUUAGAGAUCUUGAUCCUACAUGAUUUGGGUUAAUGCAAGAGGUGUAAGCCAGUAAUGUACUAUGAACAAUGUUAAUGUAUAUAAUAUAUUAUGGUUUGAAUUUUGCAUCUAGCCCAUAUAAGUUGUAAUUGACUGUUAUUUGAGCUCUCAUUUAUCCAUCGUCAUAUGUUUAGGUUCAGCCCUGAGAAAAUUGCAUUUAUUAUGAUUUAUAUGAUCUGUUGUAAUCAACAAGAACAUGAGCACUCCUGAAUGAAUAA